AUGUCACACAACACCCCCACCACCCUCCUAAAACUAGCUGCCGACCUCUCCAAACUCAGCACCGACCUGGCCGCCGCGGGCGCCACACUGGCCGCCGCCGCAGCAACCCUGGAGCAGGAGGCAGCAACCGUCGCGUGGGCGAAUGCGCAGAGGUGGGGUGUCGAUGGCGGCGAGGUAGUUGUUAAUGGGGUGAGGAAGUAA